CGCGUGCUUAUGUAAGAGUCGAGCGCUCGUAGUAAACAGAAAAGAUCACAAACAUCAACAACAUCAACAACAACAACAAGCGAACCAGGGCGUGUCGAAGAGAGACAAAGAUGGCGAGAGCGCAAACAGUCAAGAGACGUCAGAGAGUAGCAGCACAGGCCCAAGCACAGGCCCAAGCACAAGCACAGGCACAGGCCCAGGCCCAAGCACUACAGGAUGAGAUAGGAGGAAUGCACGAUGAAGCCGAUAUCAUGUCGUUCCGUUCAGCUGCGACGCAGCGGUUUCUGUUGAACCAAGAACUAAUGGAGAACAUCACGGAUAAGUGGGUACACACAGACAGUAUAAUCGCGCCUAAGCCCUUUGCGAACGUGCAAACAACAAAGACCAACAUUGAAGAGCUGAAGGAGGAGUUGUAUUUUGGGAACUUGGUACUGAUGAGACAGAAAGUUGAGUCAUUGGACAAGAGCAUUGAGAUCAUGAAGGAAGAGGCCGAUGUCAGUAAGCUCUUUGACGAUAACAGGUUCCUACAGGACGCCAUUGACAAAUUGGCGAGUGGGACCGACUUCGACUCUGAUAAUCAGAUCGACAGCAUUGAGAAGUCCUUCUGUGAGAGGUUUAACAAACGAUUCACAUCGAAUUCCAAGAUAGUGAAGUCGAUUCCAGCAAUAAAUCCUGAUACGAGAGCUGCACCUGAUACCUAUUGGGAGGACUUGGAGAAGGCUAAAAUAGAAGCGGAAAAGCGUGCCAAAGAAGAAGCAGAGGCUGCCAGGGUAGCUGCUGAAGAGCAAGCACGUCUUGAGCAGGAGAGAAAAGAACAAGAGGAGAAAGAGAAGCAAGAACAGGAGGAGAGAGAAAAGAGAGAGCUCGAGCAGAGAGAACUACAGCAGAAAGAGGAACAGCAACAGUUGCAGAGACAGGAAGAGCUAUCACAGGCCCAGCCUGAAGAACCAGUCGACAGUCACCAUCUCCUACCAGAAACGGAGUUUGGCAUCGCAACUGAUGGCCUUGGAGAACACGAUCCAAUUUCAGACUUCAAGCAAGACAACUUCCCAGACCAAGGACUGGACAUGAUGGACGAUGCCUUCCAGUAUUCGAAUUUGGAUGACCAAGAUUUCUUGAGCCAAAUCGACCACAGCAUGGAGCCAUAAGCAAUUACGUACUUGUAUAAUAGACUGAUAAUGACAAAAACAGGAACA